AGUGAGUCGACUUUGGCUCAAUACUGCCGCACACAAACACUCAGUGAGUGCAGAGGGAACUGCAGGACCAGUGCGCUGCGACUCGCAGUGUUUAGACUCAGAUGCAGUCUAAGAAAUGAACGGGCUGAGAAGUCGCUACUUCAACACAAACAGUGAUUUUUGUUUUCUUGUCAGUCACCAUGGUGCUUUACUCCACUCAUAACUUUCAGUAGUGCGCGCUGCUCUUCCGCCUCGGGCAGCUGACGCCGAGAGCACUCCGGAAAUCAUCUCCGAUUCAUUACACACAUCGGAAACAGUCGAAAUUGUUCUGCAAAGUCGUCCACAUGGUUGGCUUUUAUGAGGAUUCAUUAUUACUGAAGUACUCAUGGAGCAACAUGUAGGGUGUGGAUGACUUUCCAUACAGGAUGCUGCGCUAUGAAAGCUCACAUAUGGUCAAGGACUUAUAAGAACCUGGAUCCACUUCAGUAAGGGAAUGAGCAAACCAUUAAAAGACUCUAGCAGAUCUCUACUAUUUUCUGUUAAGACCAGUGGUCAUUUGAUUGGUCGGUGUAACCUUGGAGAUCAACUUUUAGAGGCUCUCGAUGGACAUCAGCCUCACGUGUGAAGCAGUUGCGAAAUUCUACUCUGAUGUUUGACAACACUUUAGCUUCUGCUCGUGGAAUUACAUGGCCUCCCAUGUAGAGAGGCUCAUCCAGUUGAAGGAAAGAACACCAGAUCUGCGUUACUAAGAGCCUCUCUUAGCUGGACGGCAGGUUUCCCCUCCCACAGUCAGAUGGCAUGGGCAAAGUUCUUCAGGAAACCAGGGGGCAAUCUUGGCAGGGUUUACCAGCCAGGGUCCAUGCUGUCCCUGGCUCCCACCAAAGGACUUCUCAACGAGCCAGGACAGAACAGUUGCUUCCUUAACAGUGCAGUCCAGGUGCUGUGGCAGCUCGACAUCUUUAGACGGAGUCUGCGACAAGUUUCCAACCAUUACUGCUUAGGGGAAGCCUGCAUCUUCUGUGCAUUAAAGGGAAUAUUCUCACAGUUUCAGGACAGCAGAGAGCGAGCACUACCUUCAGACAACCUGCGCAUUGCGCUGGCAGAGACUUUUAAGGAUGAGCAACGUUUCCAGUUAGGCUUUAUGGAUGAUGCUGCAGAAUGCUUUGAGAACAUUCUAGAGAGGAUCCACCUCCAUAUUGCUCCUGAUGUUGAUACAGAUUCCUGUACAUCCAAAGUCUGCAUCACGCAUCAGAAGUUUGCCAUGGCUCUAUAUGAACAGGUUGUAUGUCGAAGCUGUGGAGCCUCAUCUGACCCUCUGCCCUUCAGUCAGUUCGUGAACUAUGUUUCCACCACAGCUCUCUGCCAACAGUUCUUUGAGAGGAAAGAUGAAAAGCCACGUUCUGACACGUUUGGCGAACUGCUCCAGGCAGCCAGCACGAUUGGAGACCUGCGUGAUUGUCCAAGUAAGUGCGGUCAGGUGAUCAAGAUCCGGCGCGUGCUGAUGAACUCGCCAGAAAUCGUCACCGUUGGUUUCGUGUGGGACUCGGAGCAUUCUGACCUGACGGAGGGCGUCAUCAAAUCUCUCAGACCACACCUAAGCCUCUCAGGGCUUUUUCACCACGUCACAGAUGAACAAGCCAAAAGGAGUGACCUGCAGCUGGAUGGGAUGAUCUGCUACACAAGCAGACACUACUGCGCCUUCGCUUUCCACACCAAGUCCUCCAAAUGGUUCUUCUUUGAUGACGCUACAGUCAAAGAGGUGGGCUCUAAAUGGAAGGACGUGGUUACUAAAUGCAUCCGAGGACACUUCCAGCCGCUGCUGCUGUUCUACGCCGACCCUGAGGGAAACGCCGUGAGGGGAGCUGAGGUCCCUCGGACUGACAGCUCUGCUAGCCAACACAAGCCCUCAGCUAACGGUGAAAUCCCAGGCACCUCGCAACCAGGCAGUAAGAAACUGGAACUGACCCGAGAAAACCUGAGUGCUCUGUUAUCAGGUCAUGGUACUUUAAAGCAGAAAAGCCAGCCUCUGUUAGCAUUCAAGCGUGGCACAAACCAGACCAGCGGCGGGAGAGGACCAGUAAAAGUGAGCAGUGAUCCAAAGGGCUUCUUUCGAGACCUCUCCAGAGAAGCCCGCAACGUUAACAUCAUGAAGAAGGACCCUGAGAGAUCACACCAGAGGCCAGAAACACCGAGACACAGAGACGCACCCUCAGAGAGGUCCUAUUCGCGAUCACUUUCUCCUCCGGAGAACGGAUUUAAAAACGUCGAGUCUCGGCUGUAUAGGAGUCAGGGCAUGGGCCCGACGCGGACGGAGCGCUCACCCCGCACAAACAGGCGUGCAGCUCAUGCACCACGUUCACGUUCUCAACCUCGCGUCCCAGUCCAGCCUCCGUCCAGCAGUCCGUCCUCGAGAACGGAUUUCUUCAACGGUUAUGAUACAGACAGUAGCUAUGACUCGAGAGUGCGGCCUAAUGAAGCAUCACACACUCGCGCUAACCGAGGUUGGAAACCCAUGCGUGAGGCCCUCAACGUAGACAGCAUACUGGGCAGCGACACCGAGCACGAUCUCCCCAGCCUGGGUCAACAGACCUCUGGUCAGAAGCGGCUGCCGAGCUACGAGCGCGAGUCCAGUUGGUCUGCGCGUGAAGAUGGCAAACCUAAAAGCUUGAAGACCAUUUACGAGGAUGAGCAACGUCACGAACUGGGCAGCAGAAGCUCCCUGGAAUCAGAAAGCCGUGAAAGGGAACGGUCUAAAGGCAUUCUUAACCACUUCACACUAAAAAAGGAAAACUGGAAGAACCAGCGAAUGGAAUCUGGAUAUGACAGCAGCGACAGGCUUAGCAACGGCUCGGGUAGUUUGGACUCUUCCAUGGUGGAGAACGUGGAUACAAAAGAAUUACGGCAUGUCCCUGAUGUGCACCUGCUGAGGGACUCGGAUUACCAGCGGAGGCAUGAGGACUCGAAGGCAGACGGCUCACAGACUCCAUUUUCUUACGGUGAAUUUCGAGGGAAACUUCACGAACACAUUCACAGACUAAACAGAAGAGGUCACUUGGACAGAACAGAUGGAGUGAAUGGUAGUACUGGUGAGACUGUGUUAUUAAGCAAAAUGAGCAGCUCUGACUGGAACAGCUCUGAUGACUUGGCUGGUCCUGCAUCAGAGCAGGAGGAUUGUUUAUCGCAAACUGAUGUGCCUCUGCUUCUAUAUCACCAACCAUCCCCGAGUCUUUCUUACACCUCCGGUCCACCAUUACCCCCCAAACCCCAAGUCCCGAGAUCGGAAAACAGGAGAGGUCCGACUCAUGACUCUGCUCACAUGAGACCCAGAUCCCCGGACUAUAAAAGAGCAUCUUUGUCAAAGAUGAGCUCAGAGAUGUGGCUCGAGAACUCCGAGCCAAACUUGUUCUCCUCAUCAGACAGCAGCUCUAAAUCCGGCUCAUCCGACCAGGACAGGAACGAUCUGUCUGCCAGUGAGAGCGAGGACAAGUAUCCCAGCAUCCCUGAUUGUAGUGUCGAAUCCCCUGUCACAGGAGGGUAUGCAAUCCCCACCACCUACUUUUCUGUCGAUAGCUGCAUGACAGACACUUACCGGGCUAAGUACCAUAAGAAAAGAUCUGCUCUUCAUACAGUGGCAGAUUCUAAAACCGGAGAGCACACAUCAUCUAGUGAGAGCGAUCACGGGGAAAGGGCAUCCCCGGCUCCUGCAGACUUAAAGAUCCCAGAUCUGUCCGGAACCAAGAAACAAACAGCCCAUACCAGCCGUAAACCCAUCGUAAAAUGGAAUCCUGUUUCUGUAAAAGGAGUGGAUGAACAUGGCUUCAUAUAACAUCAAACAUCAGUGCCACCUCACAUAAAGAUGUUUUUUAAAAAAAAAAGCGAUUUCAAAAUGGACCUAGUGCCAAGGAGCUCAGAGACUCGAGCAGAGACCGGAGACGCCCUUAAUCUUCCAUGGACAUUUUUGCUCUUGCACAUUUAUGAGCCAUUAUAGAAUCAAAAAUCUCUCUCUUUGCUUGACUUUUUUUUUUUUUUUUUUUUUCCAGUUAUGUUUUAAUGUGAGCUGUUGCAGAUGUCAGAAUGUAGGAAACUAUUAUAAAACCCAAGGCAUGGAUGAACAACUCUGUUUGCAUCACUGUGAUUUAAGGCUGUUUCCAGUGCAAUUGGAUAAUAACGCACUGGUUAUUUAAAUGUAUAGAUGAUGUUUCUAUUUUGCGAUGUGUGAUGGUCUUCUCUGGAAUGGCAAAUUAUUUAAAAUCCUUCCCUUGAGUUUACAUAGUUUUCAGUUGUCUUGGAUGUAAUUGAAAUGCUUUCUACACUCCUUACUACGUUCAAAUGACUCCAUUAAGCCUCGAAGCACUAAACUGCUUUUUCUUUAAUGUGCCUGGCAUAUAUUAGUCAGAAGCCGUGCAGGUUAAAUUUGCUGCUCGGAGUGUAACGGGGUACAAGAAACACUGAAUAAUGUACUAAAGCACACAUCUGUUUUUCCAACAAAUGAAACUGAUUAAUCACUGUCUAGUGGUCAUGAUUUGUGCUGUAUCUUUUUUUAUUUUUUUUCCACUUUGCCAAGCUGAUCUCCUUACAUUGAUAAGUUCACGGUCAAACUUUUUUUUUUUUUUUUUUUGGCAGUGGACUGGACCCUUAAGUUGUCAUUUGUUAUGGAAGUUGGUGUAUGACAAAAUAUUUGCUCCCAAAAUGUAGGGGUGCAUUGUAUAGUUUUAAGUCUUGUGGGGUUUUUUGUUUUGUUUUGUUUUUUUGGUCAGACACAAUGUAAUUUUUUUAAUUUUAUUUUUGUUAAAGUAUAAUUACAUUUUGUACAUUUACUAAACAGACACUAAUAAAACAGUGCCUUAUUUUGUAUGUAAGCAUAAUUGGAAAUACUGAAAAUGGCUGAUUUUGUUUGUAAUUUCUUUCAUAUGUCAUUGUUUUCUUU